AUUAUGGAGGGAGAUCUUCGGAAUAUUAUUAUCUUCAAUGCUUCCAAAAAAGAAAUUUUUACUAUGAACAGUGGUUAUAGGAUUUUACAAAAAAAACUUCGUAGUAACUGGAAGAUACAGAGCUUAAAAGAUGAAAUCACUUCAGAGAAACUUUCAGGAGUAAAACUGUGGAUUACUGCAGGACCCAGAGAAAAGUUUACAGCUGCUGAAUUUGAAGUUCUGAAGAAAUAUCUAGAAAGUGGUGGGAAUAUCUUGGUGAUGCUGGGAGAAGGUGGUGAAUCUCGUUACGAUACUAACAUCAACUUCUUAUUAGAAGAGUUCGGGAUCAUGGUCAAUAAUGAUUCUGUGGUGAGAAAUGUGUAUUAUAAAUAUUUCCAUCCUAAAGAAGCGUUGGUGUCUAAUGGAGUUUUAAAUCGGGAAAUCAGCAGAGCUGCAGGAAAAACCGUGACUGGGAUAAUAGAUGAAGAUACUGGUGGAAAUGAUUCACAGGCUCUCACUUUUGUAUAUCCGUUUGGUGCUACAUUAAAUGUGAUGAAACCUGCAGUGGCUGUUUUGUCUACAGGCUCUGUCUGUUUUCCUCUUAAUAGACCCAUUUUGGCUUUUUAUCCUUACAAGACUCAAGGUGGCAAAUUAGCAGUAUUGGGAUCAUGUCAUAUGUUCAGUGAUCAGUAUUUGGAAAAAGAAGAAAAUACCAAAAUCAUGGAAGUACUUUUCCAGUGGCUUACAACAAAUGACAUUCACUUAAAUCAGAUAGAUGCAGAAGAUCCAGAAAUUUCUGAUUAUACAAUGCUUCCUGAUAUAGCCACUUUGUCAGAACGUUUACGAGUUUGUCUGCAAGAGGGAGAUGAGAAUCCACGAGACUUUACAACACUGUUUGAUAUGUCUAUUUACCAACUAGAUACUACAGCACUUCCGAAAAUUAUUAAGUCUUAUGAACAGCUGAAUGUGAAAUAUGAACCACUUCAGCUAAUUCAGCCACAGUUUGAAACACCUUUACCUGCACUCCAGCCAGCAGUUUUUCCACCAGCUUUCAGAGAGUUGCCUCCUCCCAGCCUGGAUUUGUUUGAUUUGGAUGAAACUUUUUCUUCUGAGAAAGCUCGUCUCGCCCAAAUAACAAACAAGUGUACUGAAGAUGAUCUGGAAUUCUAUGUCAGAAAAUGUGGCGAUAUCCUAGGGGUAACAAAUAAACUGCCAAAGGAACAGCAAGAUGCCAAGCAUAUACUGGAGCAUAUUUUCUUUCAAGUGGUGGAGUUCAAGAAGCUAAAUCAAGAAAAUGAUAUUGAUACAAGUGAAGUUGGAUUCCAGGGUGGUUUCUGAAAAAUCCGAAGUAUAAACCAUGUGUCUUUUUUGGAAGAAGAGGAAUCAUAAUUUAUUGAACAAGCACAUGACAAGUGACUGUUAUCUGCCAAUUUUCUAUAUAUACACUAUGUUGUAAAUAUGAAGAUAAUCUAAAAUUUUGAAUGAGAAACUGUAUUAAGUGGCAGUAAUUUUGAUUUAUAUACAUAUAUAUAUAUAAAUAUUGUAUAUUUAAUGUGUUUUUUAAAUAAAUCAUUUGUACAAUUUGAAAUUCUUGUUUGAUUAGUUUGUUCUCUAAAGAUUUUUUUGAGCAAUUUAAAUAUGUAUAAUAGCUAGGGAUAUGUAUAAUAGUGAUUAGUUAUUGCAAGACAUGAAAC